AUGACUGAUGGACGUGCUCCACAGCGUUCACGGUCGACCCCAUAUACGUCGUCCCCGAAUUAUUCGUGUGGCGGAAGCGUCUAUCAGUAUGGAAUUCAUGGACACUCACGCGCCGGAGGAGCCAUCUGCAGCCAUGGCCGGUCAAAUGUGGACUAUUUGCAUGUCAGAGUGUCAAAGAUGAUAGGCGCUAGCAGAAUAUCUGCUAAGCAAUCCGACAACCCCUAUAGCUUAUCCUCGAACUGCUCCAUUAGCAGGGGAACGGAUUAUAUCUCGCAACAGAGGCAUAUAAAUACUUACUCCUUAGGUUCGUAUAGGUCUCUGCCCGGUCCACCCAAAUCUGCGCCCCCGAGGUGCAUUAGUAAUGGCCCCGGGACAGGUGUGAAGCGGACUUGA